CCUGGCAGGGCCGGCCGGGAAGUUCCCCUCCCCGGCCGAGCGGGUGCUGCCAGGCCCGGCCCCGCUCCGUGCGAGCCGGGAGGGCGGGGGCGGCCCGGCCGGAUCGGGGCUGGGUCCGGGCCCAGGACCGGCAUAAACCCGCAGCCGCGGCGCCCCGCACGCCAGGAGCUGGGACCGGCGGCUGAGCCGAGCCGAGCCGAGCCAUGGGGCUGCGGCUGCUCCUCGGGCUGCUCUGGGCCCUGGGCGGCUGCGACUCGGGGCUCCUCGGGCACCGCCGCGAGUCCGGCCCCGAGCCGCGGGACCUCGGAGCCGGUUGGGGCGCCCGGCGCGCAGGCGGCAGCACCAGGCGGCAGCGUGAGGACCUGGGACAUUAUUGGCACGUGACGCCCUGGAUCCUGCAGGGCAACCAGAUGCUCAGCAUGGCAGAGACAGGCCUGGAGGGCUUGCCAGAGCGGCUGCAGGUUGCCCUAGACCUGGAAGGGACACGGCUUGUGCUGGAGUUAGAGCAAAACCGGGAGGUGGCUCCGGGUGCUCGGGCACUGCUCUAUUACCUGCCCAAUGGUACACGGGUGACGCAGGCCGCUGGCUCGCAGGGAACCUGCUGCUACCGGGGCUAUGUCCGGGGGGUUCCAGGCUCCAGGGCCAGCAUCUGCGCCUGCUCCGGACUCAGUGGCUUCCUCGUGGCCUCGGAGAACAGGAGCUACGGCCUGGAGCCGGACCCCCAGGGGCCCCGCGGGAGGCACCUGGCCUACAGGCCCCGGGACAUGCGGCUGGCACGGAGGGAGUGUGGGCUGGGCCCCCCCAACCACACGCAACCACUGCUGGAACUGGAGACGCGCAGGGGGAAGCGGGAGGCAGCCCCAGAGCAGCCGUUUGUGGAGCUGGUGAUGGUGGUGGACCAUGCAGAGUUCCAGAAUUACCCCAACAUGGAACGGAUCCAGACCCGGAUGCUGGAGAUCGCCAACCAGGUGGACACGUUCUAUCAGCCGCUGGGCGUCCGUGUGGCGCUGCUGGCGGUGGAAGUGUGGAACCAGGGGGACCCCAUCGCCGUGGGGCCCAGCGCCCGGGCCACGCUGGAACGCUUCCUGCAGUGGAGGCAGAAGGAGCUGCUGCCCCGGCUCCCACAUGACAACGCCCAGCUGCUCACGGGGACCCCGCUGGAGGGGGCGGCAGUGGGGAUGGCAUCUCAGGCCUCCAUGUGCUCUGCCGCGCGAUCGGGCGGGGUCAGCGUGGAUCACUCGGUCAGCGUCCUGGUCGUGGCCUCCACCGUGGCUCACCAGCUGGGCCACAACCUGGGCAUGAGCCAUGACGGGGCUGGGCGCCAGUGUGACUGCGUCGGCCCCUACCAGGAGCGGAGCUGCAUCAUGGCGCCGCCCACGGGGCUGAUGCCCGGUCUGAGCUUUAGCAGCUGCAGCCAGCAGGAUGUGGAGCGGAGCCUGCGCCGGGGCCAGGGCUGGUGCCUCUUCAAUGUGCCCGAGCCCGAGAGCCUGGCCGUGCGCCCGCGCUGCGGGAACCGGCUGGUGGAGAAGGACGAGACAUGCGACUGUGGCUUGCGGGAGGAGUGCGCUGACCCCUGCUGCAAUGCCAGCACCUGCCGGCUGGCUGCCGGAGCUGAGUGCGCCACGGGGGAUACCUGCUGCCAGGACUGCAAGCUGCGAGGGGCCGGCUCCCUGUGCCGGGAGCCCCGUGGUGAAUGCGACCUCCCCGAGUUCUGCGACGGGCUCUCCCCACGCUGCCCCCGCAACACAUACCUGCAGGAUGGGCAACCCUGUGCCGGAGGCCAGGCCUACUGCUACGGGGGGGCCUGCACCACCUACCAGGGCCAGUGCCAGGAGCUGUGGGGCCCAGGUUCGGGCCCCGUCUCCGACGUCUGCAUGGCCUCCCUGAAUGUCAGGGGGGAUGAGCACGGGCACUGCGGGCAGCGCGCCAACAGCACCUACAUCCCCUGUGCCCAGCAGGAUGCUGGCUGCGGGAGGCUGCAGUGCCAGGGGGGCAGUGCCCAGGGCACACUGCAGGAUGGGGCAGCACCCAGUUGCCGUGGGACCCCUCUGCCCCCACGCGAGGAUGUGAGCGACCUGGCCAUGGUGCUGCCAGGCACAGCCUGUGGCCCUGGGAAGGUGUGCAGCAGUGGCCAGUGCCGGGACGUCUCUGAGCUGGGGGUGCAGGAGUGUCGGAGCAAAUGUCACGGGCAUGGGGUCUGCAACAACAAGGGGCACUGCCACUGUGAGGCAGGCUGGGCCCCCCCUGCCUGCAACAGCCCGGGGACCGGGGGCAGCGUGGACAGCGGCACUGGGGGCCUGGAGCAAGGGAGCAGCGCGCUCCCCACCACCCUGCUGAUCCUGGCCGCCCUGAUCCUGGCCCUCGCUCUGGGGCUUUGCUACGCCAAGCGCACCGGCCUGCACCGGCACCUUUGCCAGCUCGGCAAGGGCACCAGCUGCCAGUACAGCACCAAGCCGGGCACCCAGGUGCAAUUGCUUAGCGCAGGAGUCUCGGCCGACCCGAACGGGAUCUCUCAGCCAGGGCCGCGAGGCUCCAACCAGCCCCAGCCCGGGCAACCGCGGCCCCAGAGCACCGAGCUGCAGGUGAUGCCUACCAGUAAGCCCAUUCCCCACGGCUGGGCCAGGCCCGAUCCGCCUUCCAAGCCGCUCCCGCCUGACCCGGUUCCCAAGGAAUCCCAGGCCUUGCUGCGGGACAGGCCGCCCCCCCCCACGCGCCCGCUGCCUGCAGACCCUGUGCUGAAAGGCGCUCAGCUUCCAGGCCCUGCCAAGCCACCCCUGCCCGGGAGGCUGCUGCCCUCGGACCCCACCGGGCCCCUCGUCUCCAGGCCUGAGCUGUCCUCGGUGCCCUCCUACGUCCCCCAUGUCAUGGUGCUGCCCUCCAGGCCAGCUCCCCCACCCCCUGCUGGGCAUCUCCAGGACAUCUAGUGCGAGACGGAUUCUGCUCUCUGUGUGUGGGCUGCCUGGGGUCAGGAACCUCCCCUCCGUCGCUGCCUGUUGGACUCGGGGUUACUGGCCCCUGCGUCGCUGGCGUGGCCCCCCCAUGCCCGCUCUGUCGCUGUCUGUUGGACUCGGGGUUACUGGCCCCUGUGUCGCUGGCGUGGGCCCCCCCCCAGGCCCCCUCUGUCGCUGCCUGUUGGACUUGGGGUUACUGGCCCCUGCGUCGCUGGCGUGGCCCCCCAUGCUCCCUCCGUCGCUGACUCUGGCAGGUCCUGAGCGCUGGGAUCUCUUUCUGGGCUCCUCCCCCCUCCCCCAUGGAGGUGCCCUGGGGACACUGCGGAGCCAGAUCAGAACUUGCCAUGGGCUGCUGGAGGCUUGGCCUGUUACACUCUGUGCUGUGGACGCUGUUUCUGGGUCUUUGCCCAAAGCCCCUCGGCUGGACCUGCCAGUCCCCUGGGAACUGGGCCCCGAGAGCUCUUGGGUGCUGGGGGCUCCGAACACUGGGUGUGGCUGGGCGCAUCCCAGGGGAGCGGCUGCGUCUGGGCAGGGAGCACAGGUGAGAGUCGGUGCGUGCCGGAACUUGUCCUGGGAGAUUUGACACCGCCAGAGCCAUUCACUGGGACGCUGCCUGGCUGGGCGGGGGGAAGGACUCCCUGGUGGGGGCUCCCCCUUCCUUUGGGGUGCUGGCUGCUUCUGAACCCGCUUUAGAUCAUCUGUAAACUGUCUAAUAAAGGGGCUGGGAGCUGCCUGAGUUAACUCCUUCUGCUCCAGCAUGAAUUCUCUGUGCCCCUGGGAGUGGCGUGUCCUGCUGGCCAGGGCCCAGGCAGUGCCCAGGGCAGAGCCCAAGCUGCCCAUCCUGGGGCCAGCUCUCCCUUGGGGGGCAUGCCGCGCUCUCGUGACCCCAGGAGGCCUCCAGGGGGCUCAGAUCACUUCCCCAUGUGGCCUAAUGGAGACUUCAGGGGGUUCCCCUCAGCCUUGGGGUGCUGCAGGGUGUCACGGAGUCACCAGACAAUGCUCUGGAACUACUCCAUAUAAUGCCACCACCCCCCCCCCCACCGUGUGGGGCACAGCAGAAAGGCCCAGAUCCAGAAA